CGCAAUAGGAAAACUUGGCCUCUUAUUCACCCCCUCUGUGGUGUAAGGUCCAAUUUCAAUAUAUGGAAGGAUUGAUGGCACGCGCAAAAUGUUUCUGGUCUCUCUUAGGGGCCUUUUUCUUAGUGCACAAUAAAUUUCCCUCACGGCUCUACAGUAUUUUGUCUUGUGGCAUCAUUGAUAAAGACCAUAUUUUAAAAAUAUGUAAAAUGUCUUAAUGCCUCCAAAAAUAUAAUAAUGCUUAAUUUUAAUUGACACUUCCAGAGGUAUUAUCCAUCCAUCCAUCCCUUUUCUGAGCCGCUUAUCCUCAAGGGUCACGGGAGUGCUGGAGCCAAUCCCAGCUAUCAUCGGGCAGGAGGCGGGGUACACCCUGAACUGGUUGCCAGCCAAUCGCAGGGCACAUAUAAACAAACAUUCGCACUCACAUUCACACCUACGGGCAAUUUAGAAUCUUCAAUUAACCUACCAUGCAUGUUUUUGAGAUGUGGGAGGAAACCGGAGUGCCCGGAGAAAACCCACGCAGGCACGGGGAGAACACGCAAACUCCACACAGGCGGGGUCGGGGAUUGAACCCCGGUUCUCAGAACUGUGAGGCAGACACUCUAACCAUUAGUCGCUCACCGUGCCGCCCCAGAGGUAAUAAAGUGAUUUGAAGAUAAUUUAUGAAAACUUGUGCAAAAGACUGAGAACUGUGCAAAAGAUUGAGAACUAUGUAGGACUCAUUGUGGAAGACAGAGAGAGCGUUGAUCUGUUUUUUUACGACCUCAGUUUUCCUGAUUAUUUGGGUGUGGUUGAAACGGGGCCCCGUGAUGCACUUGGGAAUGAGUCGCCCCUCCCCCCACAAUAUAGGAACUGAACGUCUUCAUUCGCAAUUGUGAUGUUCGGUUUGCUUGUUGGCUAUGCCGACACCCCAAAAAUGCGUCUUCCUUUCCUUAUUCAUUAUUUAAUUGUAUGUUUUUCUUCAUUUUCCUAAAGAAUGUCAGAGAUAAAAUGUUCUUCUAUUUUAUUAAAAAAAAAUUCUUGGUGGUCCAAAAGAAUGUCAAUGUUAGAUUUUUAUUUUAUUUUUACAUUUCUUUCAUUUUUUUCCCAGUUGUCCUGAAUGCCAGCGGAUAUACAUUUUUAUUCUAUUUAAUUGCACUUUUCGUUUUUCUAUUUAUUGGUGUCCAGAUGAAUGGCAAUAAUAGAUAUUUUUAUUGAAAUAUUUUUUUUCCUUUUUUCUUGAUUGGCCUAUAACAGUGAUUCUCCAAGUGUGGUACUAGUACCAGUAGUUGUACUUGGGCGCUCUCUCGUAGUAUGCGAAAGAAUCACUGCCUAGGUGCAGUAUACUACUUAUUUGUACAAUCAAUCUUGAAUUAAUGUCUUUUUUUAAAACUUAUUGAGGUACAAUUUGAGAGUUAACUUUAUUGUGCAAUGCAUUUUCAUUGAAUAAUUAAAAUCGUUUUUUCAGAGAGUUUUGAUUGAUUAUUUUUUUUCCAUUUAAUGUCGUGUGUAUUCAAUCAUGAUCGAUGUACUGAGUGUCAUGUGAGGACAGCCCAACUUUUGGGAACGUGAGGGGGGGCGUCUUAUAGACCCCCCCCCCCCACACUUUGCAAUUUGUUUUUAAAGGGGCCGCACUUACUUUAAAUGUAAACCACCUAUUGGCUGAAAGUGUAGGUGUGUGGCUCACGGACGCGGAAGUGGGGCGGUGUCGCGAAGUGUGCCUUUGCCGUCGUCACUUCCGGCGGGCGUGAGCCUCGGCGGACGGUCCUUGGUUUUGUACGGACGUGUUGCUCCCCUUUUUUUUGACAGCGGGCAGACAGGGCAGGCAGCAGCAGCAGCGCCGCAGGGGGAAACAAAACAAGGACUCGCCCGGGCUGUGCUGCUCCCUCCCUCGGCCUCUGUCUCCCGCUUCUCGUCCACAGACACCCGGGCGACAUGCUGGUUCCGGUUCGAGCUUCCCCUAAUAAGUCUGAGGAGUGAGCUCGCCGGCCGACCUUGCCCCUCCCCCUCUCGACGCGGCCAUGGUCGACAUUGAGAGUCACUAUCGCCCGCCCUCGCCCCUGGAGGACUCUGUGCUGGGCAGCCCGCUGUGCGCCGAUGACGACUUCAUCGGUGGCAUGGAGGAGCUCCACGACAUAUCACAGUCCAUGGACAGCAACACCCUAAGCCCCUACGACGCUCCCGAGUACCAGUCGUCCAGCAAUGGUUCAGAGGGCUCCACUGUCUUUGAUGCCCUGACACCGGCGUCCAGCCCGUCGUCGUCUGUGGUUUACGGGGUGGCAGCAGGCCAGGAGGACAUCUCGUCUUCUCCCUCGUCAUCGCUCAGCCUGGAGUGUCGGGUGUGCGCUGACCGCGCCUCAGGCUACCACUACGGCGUCCACGCCUGCGAGGGCUGCAAGGGUUUCUUUCGGCGGACCAUCCGUCUCAAGCUAGACUACGACAAGUGCGAACGCCGCUGCAAGAUCCAAAAGAAGAACCGCAACAAGUGCCAAUACUGCCGUUUCCAGAAGUGCCUGUCUGUGGGCAUGUCCCAUAACGCAAUCCGCUUUGGCCGAAUGCCACAGUCGGAGAAGCUGAAGCUGAAGGCCGAGAUGGUGACGGGGGACCACAAGGUGGAGGACCCCCAGCUGGCCGACCAGAAGACGCUGGCCCGGCAGAUUUACGAGGCCUACCUCAAGAACUUCAACAUGAACAAGGCCAAGGCUCGGACAAUCCUCACGGGGAAGACCAGCACCCCGCCUUUGGUCAUCCACGACAUGGACACGCUGCAGCUGGCCGAGCAGACACUGUUGGCCAAGAUGGUGGGCUCGGCGGGGGUCCUGAAGGACCGCGAGGCGGAAGUGCGCAUCUUCCACUGCUGCCAGUGCACCUCGGUGGAAACGGUCACCGAGUUGACGGAAUUCGCCAAGUCUGUUCCCGGCUUCUCCGGCCUGGACCUCAACGACCAGGUGACGCUGUUGAAAUACGGCGUGUACGAGGCCCUCUUCGCCAUGCUGGCCUCGUGCAUGAACAAGGACGGGCUCCUGGUGGCGUACGGUUCGGGCUUCAUCACGCGUGAGUUCCUCAAAAGCCUCCGACGGCCCUUCAGCGACAUGAUGGAGCCCAAGUUCCAGUUCGCCACCAAGUUUAACGUGCUGGAGCUGGAUGACAGCGAUCUGGCGCUUUUUGUGGCUGCCAUCAUCUGCUGCGGAGACCGGCCGGGCCUGGUGAACGUGUUGCACAUCGAGCGCAUGCAGGAGCGCAUCGUGCAGGUGCUACAGCUCCACCUGCUGGCCAACCACCCGGACGACGCCUUCCUCUUCCCCAAGCUGCUGCAGAAACUGGCCGACUUGCGGCAGCUGGUCACCGAGCACGCUCAGCUGGUACAGGAGAUCAAGAAGACAGAGGACACGUCGCUGCACCCGCUCCUGCAGGAGAUCUACAGAGACAUGUAUUGAGCAGCAUCCUCCUCCCCUUUUGUUGUUUGGUUCCAUAAGCUACAGGUCGGACCGCCGACGUCCAUUUUCCUCAUUCAACGAGGGGCUAGUUUUAACUUCUGUUAGCUAAUUAUUAAGUCUCGUUUCCACCAAGCAGUGCAGUUUUAGCUCGGCACACUGGCGUAGAAGUUGCGGAGGCCGGUACUGAACACUUUUGAGCCUAUAGGGACACCGUACUCCAACGCGGAAGUGACGCAAGCGUCACUUUGAGAAGGAAAAGCCAUAGCACGGCCUUGGAAACCUGACGGGCUUUACUGCAAUGGCGAACAGGGACUCUAAACAGCUGCAGUCUAAAAUUGUGAUAAAAUAAUGAUAUUAUCCUCAUAAAAUUAGGAUUGUUUUCUCCUAAAAUAAUGUUACUUUAUUCUCUGGAUAUACAAUGUUCAUUUUCUUUAAACUAUAACUUUAUUCUCCCCCAAAAUUAUUUAUUCCCCCCCCCCCAAAAAAAAUGCAUUCUUGUAAAAUUGUGAUUUUUUUUUUUUCAUUAUUUUUUUCUCCUAAAAUCAUGACUUUAUGACUUUUUAUCACAAAAUCACUUUGACCUCCUAGAUUUAUUUUUUUAAAAUAAAAUGACAAAUUUAUUAUCAUUUAAUCAUGAUUUUCCUCCUAAAAUUGGGACUUUAUCCUCAUGAAAUUAUUACUUUUUUUUAACCUAAAAUUGUGCAUUUAUUCUUGUCGGGUUAUGAAAGUUUCUCCGAGAAUUAUUAAUGUAUUCCCAUAAAAUUAUGAAUUUACUCUUCCCUCUUGAAAUUACAAUAGCACUUGUAAGAUUUAGAUUUUUUUAUUUGCCUCAAAAUGAUCAUUUUACUCUCUUAAAACUACAAAUUUAUUUUCGUAAAAUUAUGUUGUUUCCUUUUAAAAUUAAAUUUCUAUUCUCAUAAAAUAAUGAGGGGAGGUUGCCCCCAAAGUAUUGUUUUUUUUCUCCUAAAAUCACAAGUUUUUCUCUGAAAAUUACAAGUUUACUAUUCUCAAAAGUCAAGAUUAUGACUUCAUUCUCAUUAUUUUCCUGUGUCCAUUUACAACUUUUUCACCUGACACACCAUCUGUUUAAAAGCCACUUUAUUAUCAUAAAGAUUACAUCAUUUAUUCUCCCAAAAUCAAGACUUCCCCCCCCUCUAUCUCAAAUUCGUACUUCUGUUUUUUCAUCAACUUAUUAGGAAGAUGAAGGUAGGGCUGCACUUCCAUCUAUUGAUUGCUCAACAAAGAAUCAUGACGAACGAAAAGGGGAAGAAGACAAAAGUCACAUGCGCAAGAAGAACAAACAGGAAGUAGUGGAUGUCCUCACGUGACAUCUCUUGUUUACAAUGUGGCCGUCCCCUUUGUGGACUUCACUGGGCUGCAGAUCAGGAUUUGGAACGGUUCUCAUCAUCCCGUAUUGAACUAAAGUGCACUUCUCAGUUGGAAACGUGGCUUCGGAAACACGGGCGAGCGGUUGAUGAUCAUCAGGCGGGGGGUUUGACUCGGCGGACGCUCGGCACGCCCCGGUGGCGAAAUUAAAAAAGAAAAAGAACAAAAAAAAAACAACACAGACCUUUUGGGGUCGGCCUUCCCGGCAUCCCCCACUCUCUGAAACACCCGAAAAUGAGGAAAAGUGAACUGUCACUCCAGCAGAAUGUAGACAUAUACACACACAAGACACACACAAACACACACAUACAUAUGAGUGAUCUAAAGCCAUAAUCUUUUGCAGUUAAGUGGCGUCCGUGACAGCGGCCAAAGGCAGACUUGCACGUGAUGUCCUGUUCUCGUGUACUCAUUUCAUGUUUCCUGUCUCUGGUUGUACAGUUGAUAUGAAAAGUCUACACGCUCCUGUUCAAAUGCCGGGUUUGUGUGAUAUAUUUUAAAAAAAAAAGAGAGAGAGACCAAGACAAAUCGUUUCAAAACUCUUCACACCAUUCAUGUGAUCUAUGACUUGGGAUAUUGAAACAAUAAAAUCUCUUGAGAGUGAGAGAGACGAAGCAAAAAAAAAUAAACAACUGGAAUAAUGUGGUUGCACAAGUGUGCACACCCUGGGACAUGGCUGUGUUCAGAAUUAACCAAUCACAUUCAAAUCCGUUGAAUGGGAGUCACCACGUACCUGCCACCAUUUAAAGUGCCUCUGAUUAACACCAAAUUGAGUUUGAAUGUUCUAAUAGGUUUUUCCUGCUCACACUCAUACUGCAAUUUGGAACUGUUAAUACCCUCCUCACCCCCCAAAAAACACCCCAAAACAUGACACUGCUCUUCACGGUAGGUGUGGUGUUCUCUUGGUGAAGAGCAGUGUUGCGUCUGCCCUGAAAAAUACCUUUACGGCCAAAAGGUUCAACCUUGGUUCCUUGGUUUCAUCGGACCAUAAAGCAUUUUCCCAUGUGUAUUUGGGAGAUUUUACCCAAAGUCAGCUGAGAUAGGCUCCAAAACACCAGCCGCCCUAGUGACGAUAAACGGUAGAGAAAGAUGAAUGGAUGAAGGGACUCGGAUUAUAGGUCUCAUUAAUGGUGGAAAGCGUUUUGAAAUAAUUGCUUGAUCAGAUUUUGUAAUAUCACAAAAACCUGGCAUUUGAACAGCGGUGUGUAGUUUUUUUUGUUUUUUUUUUUAUAUCAAAUGUAUCUGACUAACCUCAUUUCAGCAAUGUCUUUUUCUACUGGAUUCUUCACAAAGCACAUUACUGUUGAAGUGCUUUGCCAUAUCGCAGCUAACACUAAAACCAGAAGCACAAUUGCAAUAGUUCUCACGUGUUUUUUGUUUUGUUUUACAAAGUCAGCUAAAUAAAUGAAAUUAUUUUGCUUUUGUUCCUGGUAACAUACGUAUGCAUUCGGUUAGCAUUCAGGGCUCUUUUGUAUGUUAUUAUUUGUUUUUUUUUAAUUUUAUAUAUAUAUAUAUAUAUAUAUUAUAUAUAACAAGGUGAUCUGUGUAUCUGCCUAAUGUGGUGGAGAAUUUUUAAAUGAGAUUCAAGGUUAAUCCGAUGUCAUCCUGGAUAACGCCUAUGAAUUUUUGCAGUUUUGGAGUAUUAGGGGCACAUUGAAAAAGAUGAAAAUUAUUUAUUAGAAGAUUAUGAAUUGUUCUGAAAUCGUCGCUUUAUUCUCAAAAUAUAUUUUCCUCUUAAAGUUAUAUUACAUAAUUCUCAAUGUAUAUUUGUUUUCUACUAAAAUUACAGAUUCUCAAAGUUACGGCUUUUGUCCUAAAAUUACAUUAUUCUCAAUUUAAUAAUUUCUGUUUGUACAGUUCUAACUUUAUUCUUGGAAAAAAAAAUAUUUUAGUUUUUACUGGUAAAAUUGACUCUCAUAAAAUUCUGACUUUGUUCUCAUAAAAUUUAUUUUUUGGGGGGGGAUUAUUGUCUUGUAAAAAUGUCACACCUUCAUCUCCCAGACAUUUUUUUUUCUCCAAAAUUGAUUUAUUCAAAUAAAAUGGUGAGUUUUUUUCUUUUAAAUUUUAUUUCAAAAAUUAUAACUUUAAUAUAAUAUGACAUUUUCCUUGUAAGUCGUAUGACUUUUUAUCCUAAAACUGCUGUUUCCCCCUUCAGAUCACUGUUUAUUCUCGUUACUUGCUUUGACAUGGAAUUACUUUUCAUUUUAAGAUUUUCCCUUAAAAUUAUUUUAUUUAAUUUUACAAAGUAUUACUUUAUUUUCCUAAAUUUACAUAUGUAUUCUUGUAAAAUUUUGAUUUAUUUUUUAUUUGUCCCCCCCCCCCUUUCCUCCUGAAAUAUUUUUUUUCCCCUCAUACAGUUAGAACUCUAUUAUUGUAAUUCUAUGAUGUCAUAAUUUUUGUUUCUUUUCAAUGUGGCCCUCAAUAUCCUUCACAAUACUUAAGUUUUACUCCAUUGUUGUUUGUUUCUACAUCUUAGGGUCGGGAAUAUUGACGACUUUUUAAAAAGAUAUACAUGCAAUUUUCAUGCAAAAAAAAAAAAUCUAUUUCAAUCAAAUCUGUUGAACUAAUCAAUCUUUUGUUAGGAAUGUGUGUGCUGAGUGCUCGAUGUAGAGAAUGUUCAACGCACUGACCUUUGAAACUCGGUAUAAAAAGGUACAAAUGAGGAUCCACUUAUGUUCUCUUCAGUUUGGUGAAUAAUUACUUUUAAGAGUAAAUGUACAGCAAAUAUAGUAAUGUACUGUAUUCGUUGCUUUAGCUGCCAGCUAAUUGUGUUUGAAUUUAAUCGGAUCGUAUUUUUUUUAUACCACGGUGUGUGUGUACAGUAUUUACAGUAUGUGUGACUAAUUCCGAUUGUUUGAACUGAAUGGAAGAGCAUUUGAAUAACCAUUGACUCCCAUUAGGGACAUUCCAAUGUGUUCUUUGCUGCUUUUUUUUUUUUUUUUAAAGAUAGCCACCAAAGCUGCAACCAUUCAUUCAUUUGAGCUUCCUGUAUGUGUCAUACAAGGACUUGUGAUUGGGAUGUCCCCGUCCCCCCCUUACAUUUGUCAUCAAAUGUUCAUAGGCACUUCACCACUUUCAUACCAUGUUCUCAGGUCGUAUAAUAAUCAUAAUAAUAUGGGCUAAUGUAUGUAUCACAUCCGUAUGAGCGACGAUCACAUCUCUGUUAAACUAGAACGCUGCAGUAAUGAAAAUGCAGUAUGUGUUUAUUCAGAAUUUAGUAGGAUUUUUAUACAAACAAAACAAUGCACUCUUAGUCGAAAACAAAAAUUUGGCGGUUGUUUAUUUUUGUCCUUAAAUGAACACUCCCAUCCUCUUAACUGUUUUACAAUUAUGGCAAAAUGAUGUUUGUGGUGUGUGUUACCAUUUGUUUUGUUCCCUUUUUCUGAACGUAAUAAUGCUUAGAGUACUGUAUGAUUUCCUGCUUUGUUUUUGUUUUUUGGUCGCCACUAGCUGCUGCUACACCUACUGGGCUUCUCUUAUCUCACCAAAUGCGCCAUGAGUAGAUUACUGACCUUCAAGCUGCCUCUGUAAAACUCUAUCUCCUCAUAUAGUGUUGUUUGUAUGCCCAACUGCAGAGGGUACAGGUGUCUAUUAGGGCUAUUCUACAUAAGCAUCCCUGUAAUAAUAUUUUUUAUUAAAUGUUAUUCAAACAAAAGUCAUAUCUCCAAUUUUUUUUUGUCAUAACAGAAAUAUGACAAUUUGUGUUUCGGGGAAUUUUUUUAAUGCAGAAAUUUGUUGAUGCAUGCUUUUUGUUAUAUAUUAUUGCUGAAGGGUUCGUCGAUUAUCUGCCAAUGUCAGCUUUACAGAUGCCGCGUGUGCUUUGCUGACAGUGUCUGGCGCCACUAUUUGAGGAAAUAGGGUAUAGCAUUUUGAAAGAAUGUACAUACAGUAGCUCUGCAGUUUUAUAACCCCCACCUGCAUCACAAAUUCCGAGUGAGGAAUACUUGUGGAAUAUUUGCAAACUGUGUGCCUUGCCACGUGUGCAAAAAAACAAAAAACAAAACUAGAGAUUACAAUUGUGUGACAGAGAAAAUUACAUUGUCAUAGCUUUACGGUGAAGAUCCUAGAUUAGAUUAUACACAGUAUCAGUGAAUAAUUGCAUCUUUACAGUAGGUUUAAUAUAAUAUAUAAAACUGGGCCCAAAAGGGGAAUAAAGUGACAUUCUUCUUAGUAUAGGGAUGUUUGUUUUUGCGCCUGUGUGUUGGAAUGGACUUUUUGAAACUCGUAUCAAGGACACUUAGUGUUCCUUUGUUGAACUCAGGAUAUGGAGAUGUACUGUACUAUAUCAUCUAUAGAUCUCUGCCAAUAUUGAUUCACACACACACAACCUUUUUUUUUUCCUUUUCCCCCAUUUCUGGCUAAAUGCUAGUUUGGGUUCCAGUUGUGAUAGGAAUAAGCAUAUGAUGGAUUUUGUUAGUCUAUGUGUCACGCAAGGAGGAGAUGCAACGAGGACGUGAUGUUCAUUGUGUAUUGUGGCUAUCUACAAUAUACUGUAAAUCUAUUUGUGGAACGUAUUGCUAGUCAUUUAAAUGAUACAA